UCCGCCGGCAGAGGAGCCGUACCCGGAGGAGCCGCGGGUAUGGGAUCGUAUGGGUACGGGUACGGGUACCGGCGUUAACUCUCCUACCCUGAAAUGCCUCUGAUCUCGAAUUAUCGUUAGAGCGACUUUUUUCUUUUCUUUUUUUUUUGUUGUUGUUGUUGCGGGGGUAACAGUCAUCCGCCAAGGUAAACGGCGAAUCAUUCUUGCGCCUCCGUCGGGAUGAUGUGACGAAUCACAUCUCUCUCGCUUUGGAAAUCUUUGGAAUAGGAUUUUUACGUCUCCAGAAUCCUCCCGCCCUACCCGGUUAUUAUAAGGCUCUUCACUCAGAACAGUCUCUCUCUCUGAACCAGCCUGCUUUGUUAGUGUCUGCCUCGCUAAUCUGGCCCGGUCAACAUGUUGCAGACAGACAAAACCACUGUGGAGGUCAAACAGCAUUCCCCGGCAGAGCCUCCUGACGGCACGAGGCCACAACUGUUCAAGCAUGGCAGGGAAUAGAUGCUUCCACUUUUCCUCUCCAAGCGUUUGCUUUAGGCCUUUGCUGGAAAUGUAGGGGGACACUGUCACAGCUUUUAAACAGCUUUCCCUCGUUCGAGGUUUGAAGAUAUCUUGCAGGAUAGUUACAUCAGUGUCCUAAUGUGAACUGAUGGAUUAUGAAAUUUCUGGCAGCAAGAGCAAGACUGCGGUUUUAGAUGUUAACACAGUGCGGAUGACCUCCGCUGUCCCCACUGAGGUUUGACUUCCCACUUCAUUCAGACACACUGGCAACACUGACUUUUUUUGCUUCUGAGGAGGAAUCGUGUCCCAUGUGCACACUCCAGGUCACCAGAUGGGCUGAAAAAGAAGCCUGUGAUGUGCUUGAAAAUGGCUACAAGAAGCAGAUCUGGUCUGGUGUAUGUGGACCUUUUUCUCACCAACUAAAUAGAAGUCGGGGUGCUCCUCCACAUAACCUCUGAUGAGGUGUAAAGCACCGAAGGGACACGAAGACAUCUUGUGAUUGCUCAUCGGACUGGCCGGCGUGGGGUGGAGCAGAGAGCAUGGCUGAACUGCGGCGGGAGAGCACCAGCAGCCUGCAGAGGAAGAAACCUCCAUGGCUUAAACUGGACAUUCCCACCACGCAGGUGUCUCUAGACGAGCCCCCCACCUUCGUUCAGCCGGUGAAAAGACAGGGGUUCCUGCGUAGCAUCAGCAUGCCUGUGGAGACUACUCACCUCCAGUCUCCGCCGCGUGACCUGUUUGACCCCCGUCGGCCUGCCUUGCAUCGCCAGUCCUCCAUCACACAGACAAUAAAGAGGGGCACGGCCGACUGGUUUGGGGUCAGCAAGGAUGGAGACGCAACACAGAAGUGGCAGAGGAAGAGCCUGCGCCACUGCAGCCUUCGCUAUGGGAAGCUCAAGCCCCAGGUGAUCCGAGAGAUGGAUCUGCCGAGCCAGGACAACAUCUCCCUGACCAGCACCGAGACACCGCCUCCGCUCUACGUUCCCACCUCACAGCACGGCAUGCAGAAGAUUGUGGACCCGCUGGCACGUGGCCGGGCCUUCCGAAUGGUGGAGGAGGUGGACGGCUACAGUGUGCCUCAGACUCCCAUCACCCCCGGAGCCACCUCGCUUUGCUCCUUCACCAGCUCCCGCUCAGGUCUCAACCGGCUGCCCCGCCGACGCAAGAGGGAGUCUGUGGCGAAGAUGAGCUUCAGGGCUGCGGCUGCUCUGGUCAAGGGGCGCUCGUUGCGGGAUAACACCUUAAGACGGACCCAAAGGCGCAGCUUUACUCCUGCCAGCUUCAUGGAGGAGGAUGUGGUGGACUUUCCUGAUGAACUGGACACCUCCUUUUUCACCAGGGAUGUUCUGAUGCAGGAGGAAUUGUCCACAUAUGCAGAUGAGGUGUUCGAGUCGCCGUCGGAGGCAGCAAUGAAAGAGGCAGAGCCUAGUGGUUUGAUGGACGAGACGGAACUGACAGGAAGUGCUCUGGACAAAUCGGAGCUGGAGAGGAGUCAUCUCAUGCUACCUCUGGAGAGAGGGUGGCGUAAGGCUAAAGAGGGAGCUCCUGGACCGCCAAAGGUUCCCCUGCGGCAGGAGGUGGUGAGCAUCAACGGACAGCGGCGGGGCCAGCGCAUCGUUGUUCCCGUAAAAAAGCUCUUCGCUCGGGAGAAGAGGCCCUACGGGUUAGGCAUGGUGGGGAAACUCACCAACCGCACCUACCGCAAGCGCAUUGACAGCUACGUGAAAAGGCAGAUAGAAGACAUGGAUGACCACAGGCCUUUCUUCACAUACUGGAUCACUGUUGUUCAUGUGCUGAUCACUUUGCUGGCUGUAUGCAUCCAUGGUAUUGCACCAGUGGGCUUUUCCCAGCACGAGACGGUUGAUUCUGUUUUAAGAAACAAAGGUGUAUAUGAGAAUGUCAAGUUUGUACAGCAGGAGAACUUCUGGAUUGGGCCCAGUUCGGAGGCUCUGAUCCACUUGGGGGCCAAAUACUCUCCCUGCAUGCGACAGGAUCAGCAAGUGCACGAUCUGAUCAGGGAUAAGAGAGCCAUUGAACGCAACUCCGCCUGUUGCGUGAGGAACGAUCGCUCCGGCUGUGUCCAAACCUCCGAGGAGGAGUGCUCGAGCACUCUAGCUGUGUGGGUGAAGUGGCCCUGGCACCCGAGCGCUCCUCAGCUAAAUGGCAAAAACAGACAGUUUGGUUCCGUGUGCCAUCAGGAUCCCAGGAUAUGCCUAGAACCGGCCUCGGUUUCUCCACAUGAAUGGCCCGAUGACAUCACCAAGUGGCCAAUAUGCACCAGGUACAACACAGGGAACCAUACCAACCUGCCUCAUAUAGACUGUACCAUCACAGGCCGGCCCUGCUGCAUUGGAACCAAAGGGAGGUGUGAAAUUACAUCCCGGGAGUAUUGUGACUUCAUGAAUGGCUACUUUCAUGAGGAGGCUACUCUCUGCUCUCAAGUGCACUGUAUGGAUGAUGUUUGUGGCCUGCUGCCUUUCCUCAACCCUGAGAUCCCAGACCAGUUUUAUCGUCUCUGGCUCUCUCUAUUCCUGCAUGCUGGAAUCCUUCACUGCAUAGUGUCAGUGGCGUUCCAGAUGACCAUACUGAGGGACCUGGAGAAGCUGGCAGGUUGGCUGCGCAUCUCAAUCAUUUACAUCCUCAGCGGCAUCACGGGCAACCUGGCUUCAGCCAUCUUCCUCCCUUACAGAGCAGAGGUGGGUCCAGCCGGCUCUCAGUUUGGGAUCCUGGCCUGCCUCUUUGUGGAGCUGAUCCAGAGCUGGCAGAUUCUGGCCCAGCCCUGGAGGGCUUUCAUCAAGCUGCUUUGUGUGGUGCUCUUCCUCUUUGCCUUUGGCCUGCUGCCCUGGAUCGACAACUUUGCCCACAUCUGCGGUUUCAUCUCCGGCUUCUUCCUGUCUUUCGCUUUCUUGCCCUACAUCAGCUUCGGUCGCAUGGACAUGUACCGCAAGCGCUGUCAGAUCAUUGUCUUCCUGCUGGUGUUUGUGGGGCUCUUCGCCGGCCUCGUGGUGCUCUUCUACGUCUACCCCAUCAAGUGUGAAUGGUGCGAGUUGCUCACCUGCAUCCCCUUUACGGACAAAUUCUGCGAGAAAUAUGACCUCAAUGCUCACCUCCACUGAAGCCCGCCAAGUCUGAGCACAAUGGGAGGGGCGUCAGGGCCAAAGAGAUGAAGACAGACAGAUGAUACCAGCCGAUCCGUUAUCUCUAUUCUGCCCUUGUCUGGGCGGAGGGUGUACGCUCCCUUCUCUGUGAAUUCGAACAAUUAUGCUUGUGAUUUUUUUACUCUGUCAAUAUAGAUAGACAUGCCACUUUUCCCACCAUAAACACUUUGUGUAAUGACCUUCCUUUUCACCGGCCAAUCAUUGUCACUCUUCCGCUGACCAGCAAGACAAACAAAGGUAUGGUGAUGCUAAACCUCAUUACAGCUCUCAGCUGCCAUUGUGAUCAGGGCAGGGAAGUGAGAAGCCAGCGCUGGUACAGAGUGAUAAAAUAUCUCCUUUUGUUAACGUUCACAGUCUAUAAAGUAGGUUUUAUUACUAUUCAGGCAACCUUCUUAAGAACCAGGGACAAAGAAAUCAAAUAUUAAUACCUUUGGUGCCUUGUUAAUAAAUGUACCAACUACUGCCAUAUUUUUUGUUACAUUAUGCUGAGCACUCGAAUGUUUUUCUUUUAUUGUUUAUUGCUUCUCAAGAAGUGAUGAUUGUUUUAAACGUGGUAGUGUUUUAGCUACCUGUCUACUCACAUGUAACUGAAUAUAAGAGUAAAAAAAAAAAACUACA